UCCAACUAAAGCUCAUGUUCCGCAAACUUGCUUUUGUUGGGAAGAAAAAAUUUAGUCCAAAUUUCUUACAGGAUAAGUUUAAAGUAACGCACUUCCGACAAUUAUAAUGUUGUCUAAACCGUCGACUGGGAGUUUCGUAAUUAUGGUGACUUUUGCAAUAUGUAUUUGCGUGAGUGUUGCUGUGAGUCUUUAUUUCAUUCUGGCGAACAACGACAACGAAAGCCCAGAACAGCCGAACAUAAUAAUAAUGUACGGAGAUGACACUGGGUACGCUGACUUCCAGACAUACGGACACCCAACACAAGAAUGGAAUGGUGUUGACAGGAUGGCCCAAGAGGGUAUUAAAUUUACUCAAUGGUCGACACCUUCCGCGCUUUGCUCUCCUUCCAGGGCAGCCCUUUUAACAGGACGAUACCCCAUACGCACCGGAGUUUUUGGCAGAAAACGCGUUUUUCAAACAUCUUCAUCAGGAGGAUUACCACACAGAGAGGUUACUAUAGCAGAAGCCUUGAAAGAUGUUGGAUAUAUUACUGGAAUGGUUGGAAAAUGGCAUCUAGGAAUAAACAAGAAUAGUUCGACAGAUGGAUAUUAUUUACCGCACAAUCAUGGAUUUGAUUAUGUUGGUACAAUUCUUCCUCAUACACAGAACGCUAUAUGCAAUCCAGAAAAAUACAACGUACGUCAAAUGAGAAACUGUUUUAUAUAUCGAAACGAUACUAUCGUUCAACAACCAACCGAUUUAACAACGUUAACAAAAAAUCUUGUGGUUGAUGCGAAACACUUCAUCAAUACAAAUAAAAACAAUCCCUUUUUCUUCUUUUUCUCCUUUCCACAAACGCAUACGGCGCUGUUUGCCAGUCCGGAGUUUCUCGGAAAGUCGAAAAGAGGACAAUAUGGUGAUAUGGUUAAUGAAAUGGGGUCGUCAAUCAAUGAAAUUAUGGACCAACUGAUUGAUCUGAAAAUAGAGAAACGAACUUUAGUUAUUUUUCUAUCUGAUAACGGACCCAAGUUUGACGGGUGUGGAGACGGUGGAUCUCCUGGCGUGUUUCGAGGCGGGAAAACAACUACGUGGGAAGGAGGAAUUCGGGUACCAGCCGUGGCUUGGUGGCCUGGAACUAUAAAACCUGGUGUUGUUAGUAACGCUGUUGUUAGUUCAUUGGACAUCUUCCCAACUGUUUUAAAAAUAGCCGGUUCCAACUACAUCAAACGUCGUAAUCUAACGAUAGAUGGUCAGGUGAAUGACGAAGUUAUCAAAGGACUAAAAUCAAAAUCUUAUGAUGAAACCUUGUUCUUUUACUAUAACGGCGUACUAACAUCCGCCAGGCAUCAACAGUACAAAAUCAAUUUUUAUAAAUUCCGAUCGAUAGUGGAUAUAAUGGAGGAGCUUGAUGAAACAAUUCGUUGCGACUACACCAGUUCAAUUGUUAAAGAUGCAGUUUUUGAUAUAGAAAAUAAAGUCUCGAAGCAAGAUACGCCACUCAUAUAUGACAUCGAGAAAGAUCCCCAGGAAUCAUCUCCGUUGGAUUCAGAAAGUAAAGAAUAUAAAAGAGUGAUAAAAUUGGUUGAUAAACGAGUACAAGCUCACAAUGCGAGUAUAUUGGCCGUAGAAUCAGAAAUUGACAAACCAUAUACCAACGAUGCUCCAUGUUGUAACCCACCUUUAUGCACAUGCAACUAUAACGAGGAAUAACAAUUAGUGAUAAAGAAAUUAAACGAUACUAUUUUGAGCAAAUUCGUGUCUGAUUUGUAGUAUUAAUUAAAUUAACAAAACGACAAUCAAUUUUCGCCGUUCAAUUCCAAGUACCUCGAGUACGGACGUAAGUAGAAAAAACUCACGUUUUAACGCAGUAGGUAUCGUAUUUCAUUGUAUUAUAAUAUGUAUACAUCUCGCUGGCGAAUGCUUGUUUACAAAAACCUAAAAAAAACUCCAGCUCCAAUGUAGCAAAUGCAUCACACUUUUCAUGGCGC